AUGGGCGAAACUAGGGUUAUUGGCGAGUGGGCUGAUGUGGGUUGGGAUGAUCCGCCGCAUGUCCCACAACUGGUCUUCACGAAGGGCAAAUGGGUAGAUAUGGCAGCACAGAAUUGGUUGAGAGCAGACUUACGAUAUUUCAGACUAGUCUCCAAGUAUUUUCGGGGCUUUUUCAGAGGUCCAAGUAGUGGAAAUUGGUGGAGUAUGGACAGAUCUGGUGAAGGGCAUCAACGAUUUUUGGAUCGUAAGCAUUUUGGUCAGGGCCUACGGCAAAAGUUUAUCCCAAAUCAUUUAAAGGGGCUUCCAGCUCCAGCAUGCUUUAUCAAGCCUUGUUAUCAGGGUAGAAGAAUACCACCCUCAAAUUCUUCAGGUUUGAAAGAUCAAUCAUACAAGCUCAAGGCAAUGGAGACAAGGGAAAGAUUAUCUAUUCACACUCCCCAUAUAGCAUAUGACUUGAAAGGAAAUGUGGCUGACAAGAAGAGAACAGGCAGAUGGAAGGCAUCACCUUUCAUUAUAGUGAAUGAGGUGGCUGAAAGGCUUGCAUACUAUUCUGUUGCUGUGAACAUGUUCUCAUAUGUGAUAUUAGAGAUGCAUGAGAGCAUACCCUAUGCUGCUAAUUUUGUCACAGAUUGGAUAGGAGCUGCUUUUGUGCUUACACUACUUGGAGCCUUCCUUGCUGAUGGAUAUUUGGGACGUUUCAAAACAAUUAUUAUAUUUUCUUCCAUUUAUGCUGUGGGGAUGAUUAUGCUGCUCCUAAAUGCAUCGAUAAGCUCACUAAGGCCACCGAAAUGCACUGCAAGUGGAUGUCAGCGAGCUUCCGAUUCCCAGAUUGGCUUUUUAUACGUUGCUCUCUACAUAAUUGCAAUCGGCACAGGAGGAAUCAAGCCCCGUGUCUCCUCAUUUGGAGCAGAUCAGUUUGAUGAAACAGAUGAGGAGGAAAGAAAGGGAAAAUAUUCCUUCUUCAACUGGUUUUUCUUUGGCAUUAACACUGGUGCACUGCUAGGCAUAACAGUGCUGGUAUAUGUUCAAGACAAUUAUGGAUGGGUGUGGGGAUUUGGGAUUCCCACAGUUGCCAUGUUGGUAUCCAUAGUUGUUUUUGUGUGUGGAGCUCCUUUCUACAGGUUCAAGUAUCCUAAUGGAAGUCCUCUGACAAGAUUUGCACAGGUGGUGUAUGUAUCUAUAAGGAAAUGGAGAAUGCAGGCUGAUGAGAAUAGUAUUUUAUAUGAAGUGAAUGGUGAAGCAUCUGCAAUUGAAGGAGUUAGAAAGCUUGAUCAUACUCAUCAGUACAGUUUCUUUGACAAAGCAGCACUGGUUCCAAGGGAUUACAAGAGCAUAGGAGAAAGCAGCCGAUGGAAACUGUGCACCGUUACACAAGUGGAAGAACUGAAGUCACUAGUUCGAGUUCUUCCAGUGUGGGUAUCCACAAUUGCACUCUCAAUCUCCUUCGCACAGCUCGCCACUUACUUUGUGGCGCAGGGAAGAACACUAGAUCGCACUCUCUCUCCCAAAUUUGAAAUCCCUCCAGCUUCUCUGCCUCUGUUUGCCACUCUCAACGUCAUUUGUCUUCUCCCAUUCUACGACAGGAUCAUUGUGCCCAUGCUCAGGAAGGUUACUGGAAUCGAACGCGGGAUCACCUCACUACAAAGAAUAGCCAUCGGCCUCUUUGUUUCCAUAUUUGCCAUGAUAAGUGCAGCAACUAUAGAAAAAAGGCGGCUACACAAGGCAGAAGAUAUUGGGGCCCUUCAGUUGCCCAAAAAAACACUGCCCAUGUCUGUUUUCUGGCUUGUGCCGCAUUUUUUUCUGAUGGGCACUGCUGAAGUUUUUACUUAUGUCGGCCAAUUAGAGUUUUUCUAUGACGAGGCCACAGAUGGGACCAGAAGUUUAAGCAGCGCUCUUUUUCUAAGCGAAAUUGGUAUUGGAAACUGGUUGAGCACUGCAAUUGUUGAUAUCAUUGGGAGAACUACCGGUGGAGAGGAAAAGGGAUGGCUCAGAAACAAUUUAAACGAGAGUCGUCUGGAUUUAUUUUACUGGGUUUUGGCAGGGAUCAACAUUGUUAAUUUCUUCAUUUUUCUGGUGGUUGCCAAGUUCUAUAGUUACACUAAGAUUGCACCUAUUGCAGGGAAAGUUGAAGCAGAUGAUAGUGAUAUUCUAUAA